CACCCUUUAAGGACCAAUGUACCUAAUAGCUCAUGGAAGAAAAAAGUCAGAUCAGGACAUCCUUGGUUUCCAGGCUACCAAAAUAUGGAAUGAAAACUUUAGGAAGUGUCUUGCAACCUGUGCCAAAUGGGAUGGCUGUUAGUUUACCAGGGAAUGAUGGUGGCAAAAAUUUUGGCAAGCAGAAUGACUCUGUUCGCAUGUCUUCCUUUUCUUUCAACUGGAAAAAAUCAAAUAAAUAUCAACUUAAUGGUCAGAAUGGGAGAGAAACCAACUCUAAACGUAACUCGAAUGAGAAAUUAAACGAUUCUGAGAAGUACUCUCCAUCUCAAGGAGCAUUGGGUAAUGAUGUGCUCAGGGUGGAUUUGAACAGUACUGCUUUGGUUGCAUCAAAAACGGCAAAGCAAACCAAUAUGUUUGUAUCUUCUUCUGAGGAAUUAAACCCAAAGUCUUUGCCUGGACUCUCUAGUUCAGCAAAAUUCACCAAAGGUACCCUGUCAGGAAGGACUUCGUAUUCUGGACUCAAUGCUCCAAAAUCACAUUUAAGUGGAUUUUAUGGAAACAGACCAGUGGCAGGGUUGCAGAGACCUAGAGCUAAUUCCAGCACCACAAGGACAAGUUCAGGGGAAAGCCUGGCCCAAUCUACAGACAAUAGCAAGGCUCUUUCCUGUGAAAAAAUGGUAAGAUCGCAAAGUUUUUCACAUUCCAUUCAGAAUUCUUUCCUUCCCACUGCAUCUUUAACCAGGUCACAUUCCUUUAAUAAAGCUGUGGAUCUUACAAGGCCAUAUCGUAGUCAAAAUCUAGCUGCCAGGACAUCUCAGAGGUCAACUUUGUUGUCAAGAAAUGCACGUCAGUUGGAUGUACCCAAUGGAAAUGAGCCUAUGAAGUAUGGUUUUACCAGGCCCUACUCUGGUAUGUCAGCUCCUUGUUCAAAGAAGCCCCCACUGUCAAAUGGGUCUGGAUCAGCACCUUUUGGAUACAGAUUAAGUCGGCCUUCUCUGCUGAAGCCUACCAGGCAGCGAUUUGCUGGAAAUAUCAUUGUGGAUGGCAGCAAAAGUACAACUCCUGAAACAUGCAUCGUGGACAACUCUGGAAUUUCAACAAACAUUAAUAGAGCAAUUGAGAAAAACAGUGUUAUAGAGAGCAAUGCUCAAAGAACAGAAUCUGAUGAGGGCCUGCAGGAAAUUAUGGGAAAACAUGGGUCAAAAGUCAUGUGUAUGAGUGAUGAUGGAGAUGAAAUAUCUAUAUCUUCUUUGUCAUCCUCUGAAAAAAAUGAUUUGAGUGAAGACUUCAGUGAUGAUUUCAUAGAUAUAGAAGACCCAAACAGAACUAUAGAAAUACAGCAAAAGCAGAGCUGCUUUCAAGAGCUAGAGCACAGGAGCAUAACGUCUGUUGAGCUGUUCACUUCUCUCAAGGAAAGUGGAGGAUCUUGCUGUAAUGCUGGUGACUGGCUUGAUAUAAACAUGUCUGCAGGGGAGGACAACAGUGGAAGCACAAAGCAUACUGCCGAGAAUGUGAUUUCUCCAGAGAUGAAUUACAGAGCUGGGUCCUCUUUUGAGCUUUCUCCAUCUGACAGCUCUGAUGGCACAUAUAUGUGGGAUGAAGAAGGGUUGGAACCUAUUGGAAGUGUCCAUCCAUGUGGAAGUUAUGAAUCUUCAGAAAUGAACAGCAUAGAUAUCUUGAAUAAUCUUGAUUCAUGUGAUCUUGAAGAUGAUGAUCUCAUGCUUGAUGUGGACUUGCCUGAGGACCCUCCUCAUGAGAAAGAGGAAUGUGAAAAUAUGAGCCGUUAUGAUAGACAAGACAGAAAUGCUAGGCAACAUCAGGAAGGAUUCUGGAAAAGAGCACCACACCAGCGAUGGAAUACACAGGAUCACCAUCACCUUGGCCAUACUGAUCACUAUAUCCAUGGUAAAAAUGAUUUGACCAG